GGACUCAGGCCGGACUCGGACGCGCGCACCCCGAAGAAGAGGCGGCGCCGGCCCCCGCGGAUGAAGCACCCAGGCCUUUGGAAGAUGCUCACAGUGGCCAUGUGCGUGGCCCUCGUGGGCUGCCUGCAGGCCCAGGAACUCCAGGGACACGUCUCCAUCAUCCUGCUGGGAGCCACCGGAGACCUGGCGAAGAAGUACUUGUGGCAGGGACUGUUCCAGCUCUACCUGGAUGAGGUGGGGAAGGGCCACAGCUUCAGCUUCCAUGGGGCCGCUCUGACGGCCCCCAAGCAGGGCCAGGAGCUCAUGGCCAAGGCCCUGGAAUCCCUCUCCUGCCCCAAGGACACGGCACCCAGUCACUGUGCCAGACUCAAGGGCCAGUUCCUGCAGCUGAGCCAGUACCGCCAACUGAAGACGGCAGAAGACUAUCGGGUGCUGAGCAAGGACAUUGAGGCACAGGUCGAGCAGGAGGGCCUCCGGGAGGCGGGCAGGAUUUUCUACUUCUCCGUGCCACCCUUCGCCUAUGUGGACAUUGCCCGCAACAUCAACAGCAGCUGCCGGCCGGGCCCGGGUGCCUGGCUGCGGGUUGUCUUCGAGAAGCCCUUUGGCCACGACCACCUCUCAGCCCAGCAGCUGGCCACCGAACUUGGGAGCUUCUUCCAGGAGGAGGAGAUGUACCGGGUGGACCACUACCUGGGCAAGCAGGCUGUGGCCCAGAUUCUGCCCUUCCGAGACCAGAACCGCAAGGCCCUGGACAGCCUCUGGAACCGGCACCACGUGGAGCGGGUGGAGAUCAUCAUGAAGGAGACAGUAGAUGCAGAAGGUCGCAUCAGCUUCUACGAGGAGUAUGGGGUCAUCCGCGACAUCCUGCAGAACCACCUGACCGAGAUCCUCACGCUGGUGGCCAUGGAGCUGCCCCAGGACGUCAGCAGCUCGGCGGCCGUGCUGCAGCACAAGCUCCAGGCCUUCCGUGCCCUGCGGGGCCUGCACAGGGGCAGCGCCGUCCUGGGCCAGUACCAGGCCUACAGCGCGCAGGUGCGCGGGGAGCUGCAGAGGCCGGACGGCUUCCACAGCCUGACGCCCACCUUCGCAGGCGUCCUCGUGCAUGUUGACAACCUGCGCUGGGAGGGCGUGCCCUUCAUCCUGAUGUCCGGCAAGGCGCUGGACGAGAGAGUGGGCUACGUGCGGGUCCUGUUCAAAAAUAGGGCGCUCUGCGUCCAUCACGAGAGGAACUGGGCCCCAGAGCAGAGCCAGUGUCUGCCCCGGCAGAUCAUCUUCCACAUCGGGCAUGGCGAGCUGGGCCACCCCGCCAUCCUGGUCAGCCGGAACCUGUUCAGGCCCUCCCUGCCCGCGCACAGCUGGACGGAAGUGCAGGAGCAGCCCGGGCUCCAGGUGUUCGGCCGCCCCCUGUCCGAUUUCUAUGCCUACAGCCCCGUGAAGGAGCGAGACGCCUACUCCAUCCUCCUGUCCCAUAUCUUCCACUGCCGGAAGGAGUCCUUCAUCACCACAGAGAACUUGCUGGCCUCCUGGGUCUUUUGGACCCCCUUGCUGGACAGCCUGGACCAUGAGGCCCCGCGCAUCUACCCAGGGGGAGCGGAGACCGGCAACCUGCUGGACCUAGAGUUUAACGGCAGCCACCUGUCCUUCUCCCAGCAGCAGCCUGAGCAGCUGGUGCCAGGGCUGGGGUCGGCCCCAAGGCCCAGCGACUUCCGGGUUCUCGGGACCAGGUACCGAGAGAGCCCGCUGAUCUCGGCCUGGCCCGAGGAACUGAUCUCCAAGCUGGCCAGCGACAUCGAGGCCACUGCCGUGCAGGCUGUGCGGCGCUUUGGCAAGUUCCACCUGGCGCUGUCGGGCGGCUCCAGCCCCAUCGCCCUGUUCCAGCAGCUGGCCACGGGCCACUACGGCUUCCCCUGGGCCCACACGCACCUGUGGCUGGUGGACGAGCGCUGCGUUCCACUGUCGGAUCCCGACUCCAACUUCCAGGGCCUGCAGGCCCACCUGCUGCAGCACGUCCGCGUGCCCUACUACAACAUCCACCCCAUGCCCGUGCACCUGCACCAGCGGCUGUGCGCCGAGGAGGACCAGGGCACCCAGACCUACGCCGGGGAGAUCUCGGCCCUGGUGGCCAACAGCAGCUUCGACCUGGUGCUGCUGGGCAUGGGCACCGACGGGCACACGGCCUCCCUCUUCCCACAGUCACCCACAGGCCUGGACGGCGAGCAGCUGGUGGUGCUGACCCAGAGCCCCUUCAGGCCGUACCAGCGCAUGAGCCUCAGCCUGCCGCUCAUCAACCGGGCCAAGAAGGUGGCCGUCCUGGUCAUGGGCAGGACAAAGCGUGAGAUCACCAUGCUCGUGAGCCGCGUGGGCCACGAGCCCAAGAAGUGGCCCAUCUCGGGCGUGCUGCCGAGCUCCGGCCAGCUGGUUUGGUACAUGGACUACGAGGCCUUCCUGGGAUGACCGGGCCUCCUUGCCUUGGUUCCUCCCGGGCCUUCUGAAACCUGCCACCCUCCCUCCCCUCCGAGUGCCCCGCGUGCCCCGUGUGUCCCUGCUCUCUGGAAGCUGAGAUGAGACCCCAGAGAGGAGAGGACAAAGCCCCGUCCCAGCCCCCUUGGAUGGUCGCUCCCACCUGGUGUUUCAGGGAAGAUGCAGAAGCAGGGAGCCGUGGACCCCUGCUCUGGGUCAGGAGAAAAAGCUUAAGAAAGGCUCUCGAGGGAUCCACCAGCAAAAUAAUCCCGGAGUGGCCUGGGGGUGGAGCUCAGAGGCAGAGCACUUGCCUGGCAUCAUGAGGCCCUGAGUUCAUCCCCAGCACUGCCAAAAAUACACACUGAAAAAAGGAGGAGGAGAAGGCUCCCGUGGGGAGGCAGGAGGGACUGGCCUGGACCCUCGAGCGGGAGAGGGGCCUGCGUUGGUGGUGAGAAGGACACAGUGAGCUGCUCAGCGCCGCCUUUCCCUCCACGCCCCCGCGUCCAGCUCCCCACGUCCAGCCCGCCCUCGGGUCCUUUCCCAGGCGGCUCACCUGCUCUGCCUCUGGGUCCUCUGUCCCUUCCCAGUGCUUGCUGUUCCCCUAGCCUAUCCUCCCGCAGAGAGGUAACUGAGAUGUCAAAAAGGCACCCCAGGUCUCCAGACUGAUGUCGGGGGCUCCAGUGAGAGUGCUCCCCGGCCUCUCCACCUGCCCCUCCUCCUGCCCCUCCUCGAGGGUCUCCCUCCGGGAAGCACUGAGCACACACAGCCAGGGCGUCUCAGGGUCCCUGACUGCAGAGUGAUUACACCUUGGGCUGCCUGGUGUAGCCACUGGUUGUAGCAGCAGAGCCAAUAGACUCAUCCUUUGGAGGGAAAGAGGCGACGUCAGGCGGCGCUGGGCCUUCAGCUAUCUCUGAUCCCGCUGGGCAGCCAGAUUUCCUGCUAGGGCAGCUGCGGCCCACAGCCUUUCUGAGGGCUCAGCUGGCCGCGGGGACAGAGCAUUGCCAGCCUUCCUCUACCCUCUACGGCAGCCUGGGGCUCGAGCUGGUGACUUCUUGUCUGCUGGUCCCUCCAGCCCCCUUCCCCGCCCCUGCCUGAAACCCCGGGGAGGAGGUGGCAGCCUCUCUGUCAGCCUGGCCGGGGGCCCCUUCUCCCUGGAAGCUGUGGGCCAACAUCACCUGUUUUUCUGAAUCUCUCAGCAGAGGCUCUGAAAUUCUUUUUAAGGAAGCCAACAACAAAAAGCAGACUCCCAAGCCCACCGGCUGAGCCUGGUCUCUGUGGGACUGUCCUCCAGACUGUGUCCCCUGCACGGAGCCCCAGGGUCUUGCGAAGUUUUCAUUUGGUGGGGAGCGACCACUUUGGAUUAUUUAGUUUCUUCCAGGCCAAGCAUUGAAACCGUUUCUCCCUUUUCCUUGGUGACUUAUGUAGGGGCCUAGCCAGGGCUUCAUAUGAAAGGCAGCCUUAUUCAAAUCCUGCGUACCCUGGCCCCCAGUGACCAGUGGUCCCGGGACAUUAUUAGCAAGCUUCCUCUAGCAGGGCCAAGUCCCAAGACCCAGGUCAGGAGCUGACAUAGAUAGUGCCUGGGUAGUUCCACCUCCGGCCACCUGGGGGCCCCCACACACUGCCACAGGAGCAGCUCUGCGCUACCCGCAUUUCCGUGGUGAGCCUGCCAGGGUCCUUGGUCCCAGCCCUGGCCAUCUGGCCUUUAGGUACUUAUCUCUUUGGUAACAGUGCCGGGAUUGCUGCAGAAAGAAGGGUGGACAGGCAUCAUUUCACCAUUUCUGAAUAAUACUGACUCGCUGACUGCCCGAGCCUCAGAGUGUCCUGCUCUUAUGCAGGGGACCCUUGCUGCUUCCCCACCCUGGGUCGGGAACAGAGGGUCCAGAACCGGAAGCACCUUGCGGGUGCCGUGCAGACCUUGUGGACCAUGAUCUGCGGCGAGAAAGACAUUUCACCCCACCAGUUAGUCACGUCUGCGCACAAGUGUGUCUUAAGCCAGGUUUCACAAACAAGCUCUGCCUCUUCGCAUCUGGGGUACCCUUGAUCUAGUUUUCAUUUUUAAAAUGCUGUUUGCAACCCACUAAAGUGAGUUGGUACAGAGUUUGAAAAAUAACACCCCUUGUCCAGCUUUCUACCUGGUCUGGCGGCUCCAGGCCCCAGGAUUGGGGUGGGGAGACACAGAAUACGGCCCCCCUGUUGGCUUCUGAGCCCGCCCCCAGCCAGGCCGCAGGCGCCCAGGGCUCUGGGGGUCAGCCUCGCGCCCGCCCCGGCCAGGAAGGAUCUGGACGCCCCAGGCGGGGGAGGUGUGCCGUGGCGGCCCCCCUGUGCACUGCAGUAAGUGGCUGGGGCCCCUCCUCUGGGGGACCAGGCCCCUGUGCAGCCCAGGAGCAGCGCGCUCUCCCCGGCUGCGGUGGGGAACGGAUCCAGGGGCUUUCUGGGCUGUGGAGAGCUAGAUUCUGAUUUUGGAUCUGAGGGCAGAUGUUCCUGCUAACCGAGUGAAAUGGUCUCACCUUGUUGAUUUUCCCCACUUUCUGCUGUCUUUUCCCUUGGGCCCCAAAUUAGCAGCAUAAUGAGAGCUUCCUAGGGCCUGGACCGGUACUUCCUGCACUUCUGAGUGUGCCCCACGAGGGCCUGGCCUCUGCCUGGGAGUUCCCUUGCUUCUUUUGAAUCCUUCCUUUUCCUCUUCCGGGCCUGGUGGGACGGAGGGCGGGAGGGGAGAUUCCGGAAAACCACAUGGAGCUGCUGCCUCGGACGCAGCUUUCAGGCAGAACAGCUUUUUUCCUUGCCGAGCGUGUGCAGUCGAGCAUGUGUAGCCCUGUGACCGCCCUGCCGGGUCACGUUUUGUCAUAUGUACCGGAGACGCCUUCCUGCAGGCCUUGGGCCCGCAGCAGCAGUGUACGGAAACAGGACACGGGACACAGGUGUACUGCUCUAGGCGGACCCCGAUCCCCCCAGCCCCCAACCUACCUGCCAGCAGACACUGCCCUCUGCAGGGAACUCCGCUCAGCACCACAGCUGUCAUUGGCGAGCACAGGAUGUCGUGAAGGACAGAAGAUAGGACAAGGAAUUUUGCUUGUCCCGGGACAUCUGGGGACACCCAAAAAUUUACGCUAGAUGCUUCAAGGACUCUGCCCUCUGAGGUGUGAGACAGAGAACUUUGAGCACAGAUGUUUAUUAAAAUCUUCCCUUGUAAUGUCCCCUA